AUGGAUACGAUGCUGACAAAUGUUCCCGGGACUAUUGCAUACCUGGACGACAUUUUGGUUGUCGGUAGCUCAGAGGAAGAGCUGACUCAAAGGCUGGACCAGGUCGUGGAUAAUCUGAUCGACUACGGUCUUAAGAUCAAUAUGGAGAAAAGUGAAUUUUUGCGGAAGGAGAUCCACUAUCUCGGAUUCAUAGUCAACGAGAAUGGGCGUGCCCCUGACCCAGAGAGAGUGAAGGCAUUCCAGAAAAUGAAAGUGCCGAAGAACACGAAGGAGCUGCAAUCGUUUUUGGGGUUGGUCAGCUACUACGGCCCCUUCAUCACUGGGUUACACAAUUUAAAACCUCCACUCAGCCGACUUCUGUGCAAGGACGUGGACUUUGUUUGGUCUCCAGAAUGUCAAAAGGCAUUUGAUGCCAUAAAGACAAAGAUAUGCGACUCGACUAUGCUAUCGCACUUCGAGGCUGACAAAGAGACCAUUGUCCAGGCAGACGCCUCUGAUUACGGGUUAGGUGGAGUGCUCCUUCAGAAGGACGCAGAUGGGAGAGUCCAACCAAUCAUGCAUUCCGCCAGAUCACUGACGAAGGCAGAACGGAAUUAUAGCCAAAUCGAAAAGGAGGCACUGGCUAUUAUCUUCGCCGUACAGAGAUUUCAUCUGUUCAUUUAUGGCAGACCCUUCACACUGCACACUGAUCAUCAACCACUGAAGUUCCUUUUGGGUACUAACCGUGGUGUUCCCCAGAACGUAGCUAGGAGAAUACAACGCUGGAGUACUAUUCUUCAAAACUAUGACUUUAAGAUCCAAUAUGUGCCCACCCAGAAGUUUGGAGCUCCAGAUGCCUUAUCACGACUGAGUGCAGGCAACGAAAAUCAAGAAGACGUGGUUGUCGCCAGCACACUAAUACAAGAUGAUGAUGAGUUAAGAGGUGUCAUCCGGCAGUUGCCGCUAACAGCCGAACACAUCAGGGCCGCAACUGCAGCAGACCCCUUUUUGCGCCAGGUGAAACGGUUUAUUCGGAACGGUUGGCCCAGCGACGACAAGGUACAUCCAUCAAUAAAGCCUUUCAGGAACAGAAAGGAACAGUUGUAUAUCACAGACGACUGCAUAAUGUGCGAUGGUAAAGUGGUGAUCCCAGCCAGAUAUCAGCAACAAGUUUUGCGGGAGCUCCAUGCCGGACAUCAGGGCAUGACCCGCAUGAAACAACUGGCCCGCAAGUACGUAUAUUGGCCGGGAAUUGAUAAAGACGUGGAAUCUUUCGUUCGAAGCUGCGGUCCGUGUGGACGUGAGGCUAAGAACCCACCGAGAGUACCGCCCGUGCCAUGGCCAGAGGUAACGAGACCUUGGAGUAGAGUCCAUAUGGACUUCGCGGGUCCGUUUUUCAACCGAAUGUUUCUAAUAGUUGUCGAUGCAUGGUCCAAGUGGUUAGAAGUUUUCGACGCCUCGGCAGCUACCGCUGAUAUCACGGCAAGGAAGACGGAAGAACUAAUAGCUAGAUACGGCAUCCCCACGGAGAUUGUGACGGAUAACGGCACUCAGUUUACGUCAUCAAUUUUCCAACAACUGUGUCAGAAAUGGGGAAUUCGACAUGUGACGUCACCACCAUUCCAUCCACAAUCGAAUGACCAGGCAGAACUUUUCGUCGACACGUUCAAGAGGGCAAUGAAGAAGAUGUGGAGCACUGGCGUCAAACUGGAGUAUCUCAACACAUUCCUUUUUGCCUAUCGAACAACUCCAAAAAGUGAUCUUGGGGGUCAGACACCAGCCGAACCGUUUUUGGGACGACAGCCGGAUACGCGACUACAGUACCUACAACCGGCAGCUCGAGUUCCACAAACAACAAAACAUUACUUUCGCGAGGGAGAGGAAGUGUUUGCCCGAAACUACAAAACUGGAGAGAAGCCCUGGAUAGAGGGUAUAAUAAGAAAAUCCAGAGGUGUUGUGUUUGAGGUAGAGACAGCAGCCGGGAAAAUAAAGAGGCAUGCUAAUCAGCUCAGGGCCAGACACACCAGAGACAGUCAAAUGGCACUCGACCUGCUGUGCGAUACCUUUGAGGUUCCAACCCCCAGGGUAGACAGUCAGACAACAACACCCGUCGUUCGUAGAAGUAGCAGAAGAACGAAACCGCCAAGGAAACUGGUCAUGGACCCGAAGAAGAAGAGGUACGAGGUCCACCUUUCAAAAGCGGGAGGUGUUAUGGAGAGUACAAGCAGCGUAGGGCCACGGCCUAAGGCGCUGAACAGGGGACCAAGCCGGCGGCAUGAGACACGCGUGAAGUUAGACGGUCGACCGGCAUGCACUGCAGCGCCGAGCACGUGUGGUGGCUUUGCACGUGCGCGGCCCAAUCGAUCGCUGGUCGAACAUUCAAGACGUUACCACCGGGGGGCUAUCGCGCAUACGCCAUUGGUCGGAAUGUUCUAG